GAAAUUAUCGAGGGACUUUUCGAACUCGUCCUCGAUGUUGUUUACAAACGAGAGGAGUCUGUUAGGUUGGGAAGAAAAGGAGGAAUUUACGGUCAAAAUAAGACUAGAAGAUGGAGUCACCUGUUAAGAAUACGUCCGGGGAAUCACCAGACGUGACAGGAGUGUCGCGCUCUGGGAGGGUGAGGAAGAAAUCUUCAAAGUUAGCUGACUUCGAGUCUCCAGAUGAGAUCGACACCAGGUUUAAGCGUAAAACUGACAGGCCGCAAAAAUCACCACAAAAAGGUAGUGAUGUAUAUGAUGAAUCAGAUGGUGAGAUGGAUGAUGACUUACUUGAAGUAAAGGAUGAACCUUUAGAAGUUGAUGACUGGGGAGAUAAUGAUGAUGGCGAUGAAGACGUUGCAGAGGGUGAUGAUAAUGAUGAUGGAGACGAGGGGAAUGACCCCUUGCAUGUUGAUGAUGACUCGACUGAUAUGCCACGAGAAACCUCUAAUUAUAGCCAGGCACAGUCUCUGUAUCUGUCUGAGAAACAAGGGAAAAAGAACAUCAUGCUGAAGGACGGCCAGGUUGUGCAGCGAAAGAAAGCACAGCGCAAGGAUAAGGGAAAAUCAAGAUUCACAGCCUAUAUGUUGUGGGCGAGAGAAAUCAGACCUGGCAUUAUACAAGCAAAUCCCAACAUGGAUUUUUCUGCUGUGAAUAAAAGACUGGGAGAACUAUGGGCAUUAGUACCAACAACCCAGAAAUAUAACUGGAAGCGCCGAGCUAAACGCCUGGCCGCCAAAGGGAAUCAGAAGGGCUCCAUGAUUAGCACAGGCAAGGCUGCCAAACAGUCCCAGAACACAGCCCGCAGCAAUCUCAUCAACAAAGGUGGUGUGAAACCCCAGCAAGUUGUACGCACUUCAGCAAAGCAGUCAGAUGUAGGACCACCAGCACCUACCCAGAAGGCACACACUUCAACACCAAAAGCUAAAAAUAGUUAUGCAAAAUUUAAAUUUGAAAAAAAUAAAACUGGUGGUGGGCCACCGCCUGCACCAAAAGAAAAAGACACCACAGGCAGUCUUAUGGUCAUUCAACAGGAACGAGAUCCCCUUCAUAAUGCGUGGGAUAUGGAUGCAGGCCUACAAGAGCAAGGUGACAACUCCCAAGCUAGAAAUCUUUCUUUUACUUCAAAGACGACUAAUGUAGGUGAAACCAGCCAAGUAACCUCAAGUGAAGUAAUCUGCUGCAGUGACGAUGAUACUGAAUUAGAACUGAUUAGUGGUCCCGUUGGAAAAUCAACAGAAAAAGGAAAGCCCAUCCAUAAGAAACUAAGGGCAAAAACUGAAAAACAGAAAUCCCAAAUUCAAAUCUCAAGUGCUGUUGAAAAUUAUUAUAAACAGAAGAUGGAGUUAGAAACUCAGUUAAGCAAACGAACAUUAGAGCAUUUGGAAGAAUGUCAUCAAGAAAAAAUUCACAUGCUUAGGGCUAAAAGAAUGUUUUGGGAGAAGAAACUGAAGGAGCUGGACUCUUUAAAUCAUUAAAGGCUCUCAUCCUGGCAUCAAGAUUAUGUAUCCAUGUUUUGCAAUCUUUUUCAUUAAUAUAAGUUUCCAGUUUUCUUUCUUUGUGUCACUCAAAUUUGGUUUUGGAUGAAUGCUAUAUUUUAAGGUUAUUUAUUAACUAUAAAUAGUUCAUGACAUACACCUUACUUUAUUUACUUUUAUACCAUCAUACUUAAAAUAUUUGACAAUGUACUUACAAUAA